AUGUCGCAGGACGCACAAGCAGAGCAAAAUGAGGAGUACCAGCCUUGGUACCGAGACGCAGCAAACGUACAUCCGUUUCGGAUGGUCAGAAGGCUCACCGCUAAAUCUCCAGAUGCCCCCAUUCUACGCUCGAUUGCGAUGUUUCCUUGGAACGAGAACUCCCUCAAGACCCUCUGGCAAGGCACGCUGAACGCCGAUGACAAUCUUACCCAGUGGAAGGCCAUGAUCGCACAAUUCUGGGACGCGGUUGCGGUAGGAGCCGAUCGCAGCGUCUACAUCUAUUUCGCAAGCAAAAGGAAAGCUCCGCUCACGAUUAACCUGCCGCCUGAUAAUCAGCAACUUCUGGACGCUGAUGAAAUGUGCGUUGAAUGGAGUCUGAGCCAUUUUGCGCCAUUCGAGCCGGUGGUGGCAUUCUCCCGCGGAAGCCUACUGUAUCUCUGGAAUCCUAUUCGAUUGGGCAUGGCCGGAUAUCUUCGUGGUCACGGCGGUGCAAUUACUUCGAUCGCUGUCCAUCCAAACACACCCCAUCUUGUCUGUUCGACCUCCCGAGAUCUCACUACACGCAUAUACGACUUAAGUCUCCCUGCCGAAGUCCCGAUGGAGCCCAAGCCACAACGGCCAGGAAAGAAGAAAAAACCAGAAAAAGAGAAGGUCCCCAACCCUGUCUGGCCACCUGGAAAAACACCGAGUCUAGCUGGUGCUGCCCAUGGUCUCCGCAUACCGUCUACAGAGGCGGGGGGAGAAGGUGUUGGUGCUGGACGGUGCAUCGUCGUUUUGUUGGGUGGGCGCUCUGGUGGGCAUAAAGCUGCUGUCCUUGGAGCUGCUUUCCAUCCUGUUCAUCCAAUCAUUGCGACCUGUGGGAUGGACCGAACGGUCAAAAUUUGGCCAGUUCGGCCCAAGAAUCGAUCUGAAAUUCAACGAGAGGACAAGCCAUUGUUCACAAGCGGACAUAUACACAAAGCACGAGUGCUUUCUGUUUCUUGGCUGCAAGAUGACCUUUUGCUGACGCACAGUGCUCCUGCGAUUAUGCGCGUCGCACCCGAAGACCCAAACAAUAAAGCAACCUAUCUCGAGCCCGGCGAACUGAUUGUCUGGCGGUGGCUUGGUCUCAAUCGAUUUUUCCCGCCUGGGUACGAAGAUACGCUACCUUUGGUUUUGCGAGGUUGUUCAUCUGAUUAUCAAGAGAGCUCCUCCUUCAAGCUCAUAUCCAUACACAGAUUCCCAGCUACUGGCACUCAAUACGUCGUCCCAAAACUAAGUCUUUUCAACUCACCUUUCAGCGACCCUCUGGCGCUCUUCGUCUAUCCAGGAGCCACCUCGCUCUUCAUCGUCAAUAUCACGAACUUCUCGUGCAAGCCACGUCCACCCUUCCCGCUCGACGCGCCAAAGAACAACGGCUCGAGCGAGCUGGCUAGGGCAGCUGAGCAACUGCAUCUGGACGGUCGGCAAGAACCCGUCGCCCAGACCGAGACUGAGGCUGAGACCGAGCAAGUCAGGGCAAAUCUGUACAAUGGAAGAAACGAGGUGACACCGCCUGGUCUCGUCUCCUGGGAGAUUUCUGUCCGGGAAUGUGAGUGGGACCGGAGUAGUGCUGACUCCUCUGGGGCCAAGUUGAUAAGGUGUGCGAUGGGCGCUGGUGGGAGGAUUGUUGUUGGUGUUGGUGAAAAGGGAACAUUCUGGGUGUGGAGAUAUGACGAUGAUGAGCAAAAAUGA